UAGUAAACCAGCUUAAACACGGAACGAACAAACAAUCCUACGGGAUGUAAAUCUUACAAUAUGUUAGGAUUUAAACAGUUUGCCGUCUUAGUCGUGAUAAAUUCUUUGUCAACCAUAGUUACAGUGAUUUUUGUUACUAAAUACUGUGAGAGAAAUUCAGGUCUUGGCUCCACGAGUUCUGUAUAUUCAAACAAUUUAGAGAACAAAGGAUCCAGAUCAACGAUGUUUUCUCCUUCAAGACGUGGAAAGAGUGGUGGCUCUGUUAGUGAUGUUGUGCCAAACCAGGUUGCUGGAGUUGAUUAUCUACGGGAUCCUCAUCUUUUCAAAGGAAUGGCUUUUACCCUCGAGGAGAGACAAACUCUGGGUAUUCAUGGACUUCUACCUCCCAGGAUAAAGAAUAUGGAUGAGCAGGCGGAUAACAGUCUGCGUAACAUGAGAAGGUUCCAGGACCCCUUGAACCAGUACAUGUACCUGGUGGACUUGCUGGAGAGGAAUGAGAGAUUGUUCUACAAGCUUCUUAGUGAGAAUAUUGAGGAGUUGAUGCCAGUAGUGUAUACUCCUACAGUUGGUCUAGCCUGCCAGAAAUUUGGUCUGGCCUUCAAGCGUCCAAUGGGACUGUUCAUAACAAUCCACGACAAGGGACAUGUCAAGGAUGUUAUCAAGAAUUGGCCUGAGUCUGAUGUCAGAGCAAUUGUGGUUACUGAUGGUGAGAGAAUCCUAGGUUUGGGUGAUCUAGGAGCCCAGGGUAUGGGUAUACCUGUAGGUAAGCUAGCCUUAUAUACUGCACUAGCUGGUAUUCCUCCUCAACAAUGUUUACCAAUAACCCUGGAUGUAGGAACUAACAGACAAGAACUGUUGGAUGAUGUUGAUUAUAUUGGACUUCGCCACAAGAGGGUUACUGGACCUGAAUAUGAUGAAUUCAUUGAUGAGUUUAUGCAGGCCGUCGUUGAGAGGUACGGACAGAACACUCUUAUUCAGUUUGAGGAUUUCGGAAACAGCAAUGCUUUCAGGUUUCUGGAGAAGUACAGGAACUCCUACUGCACCUUUAAUGACGACAUUCAGGGAACUGCAAGUGUUGCUGUAGCUGGUAUACUGGCUGCACUCAAGGCAACCAAUACUAAACUUCAAGAUCAUACUUUUCUCUUCCAGGGAGCUGGAGAGGCUGCUAUUGGAAUUGCCAACCUGAUUGCCAUGGCAAUGGAGAAGAGAGAAGGAGUGCCUAGGGAGGAGGCCCUAAAGAGGAUCUGGUUGAAAGAUUCUCGAGGUCUGAUCGUAAAAGAUCGUCCCGAGGGUGGAAUUUCAUCUCACAAAGCUGAUUUUGCACAUCCUCACAAGACUAUGACUGAUCUGGGAGAUAUUGUGAGGGAAUUAAAACCAACUGUUCUUAUUGGAGCUGCAGCAAUCCCUAAGGUGUUUACUCCUGAGAUUAUCCGUGAUAUGGCAACCUUUAACAAAGCACCAAUCAUCUUUGCUCUCUCCAAUCCUACAUCUAAGGCAGAAUGCACUGCUGAAGAGGCAUACGCCAACUCAGAUGGUCGUGCCGUGUUUGCCUCUGGAUCCCCCUUCCCUGUUUAUGAAGGAUUUGGGAAGAGGUAUGAGCCCGGACAAGGGAAUAACGCGUAUAUAUUCCCUGGAGCUGGUCUUGGUGUUCUAGCCACAGGGAUAUAUCAUAUCUCAGAUUCAGUAUUCCUCUCAGCUGCUGAAGCUCUGGCGGAGAUGGUUGAAGAAUCUGAUAUUGAGGUUGGACGUCUCUACCCUCCUCUCAGCAAAAUCAGAGAAAUCAGUUUGCGUAUUGCCACGAGGAUCGCCGAAGAAGCGUACGCAGAGGGAACUGCAUCGACAUACCCUGAACCCAAGGAUAAGGCUGAGUACAUAAAACAGACCCUGUACAACUACAACUAUGAUGAUGCUAGAGCUCUACCUACCCUCUACUCCUGGCCGGACCAUUAGAAAUUUGUAUCAAAUUAGUGAUUUAUAGUAUUGAAAAAUUUUAAGUAUUACAUAAGAUAGUUUUAUAAUUAAUUAAUAUAUAUAUUAUAUAUGUAUAUUUUUAUCAAUGGUGGAUUAUAUGUAGAAAUCCGAUAUAGGUUUUUAUCUUCGAACCAUUUACCAGUAAUUUUUGUGAUUUGUUCUUUGGUGAAAAAUUCACAAAUGUUUUUAUUAAAAUAAAUUUCAUUUAGUUUA